UUUAUUGACAUUUCUCUCAGGGGUCCUGAGUGUUCUUUCCUAAACCACUUCGUUAUUGUUUAAGGUUUUAUAACAUUCAAGAACUUGAGUUGGGGACAUCUCGUCCGGGUCGACUUUGAGCCGCCCUGCUCCACCAUGUCGGCCCGCGUUCCCGCUGCGCUGCUGCUCUUGAUGCUCCGGGCGGUCCUGCUCAGCGGGGGGGAGCCCGCCGCCCCCCCGCCCCCGUCCCGCCGGGAGAUCCGCAUGGAGGGGGACCUGGUGCUGGGGGGCCUGUUCCCGGUGCACGAGAAGGGGGCGGGGCUGGAGGAGUGCGGCCGGGUCAACGAGGACCGGGGCAUCCAGCGGCUGGAGGCCAUGCUGUUCGCCAUCGACCGCAUCAACAGCGACCCCACGCUGCUGCCGGGCGUGUCCCUGGGGGUGCACAUCCUGGACACCUGCUCCAGGGACACCUACGCUCUGGAGCAGUUUGUGCGGGCCCCCCUGACCAGGUCGGAGGACACAGAGCUCAUCUGUCCGGACGGCUCCUGUGGCCGGCAGGACGACAGCCCCCUGGCCAUCGCCGCAGUCAUAAGGGGCCACGAGAGCGUGUCCAUACAGAUCCCCCAGAUCAGCUACGCCUCCACCAGCGCCAAGCUCAGCGACAAGUCGCGCUACGACUACUUUGCCCGCACCGUGCCCCCAGACUUCUACCAGGCCAAGGCCAUGGCCGAGAUCCUGCGCACCUUCAACUGGACCUACGUGUCCACCGUGGCGUCGGAGGGCGACUACGGCGAGACGGGCAUCGAGGCCUUUGAGCAGGAGGCGCGGAUGAGGAACAUCUGCAUCGCCACCUCCGAGAAGGUGGGGCGCUCCAACGCCAAGAAGUCCUACGAGGCGGUGAUCCGCCAGCUCCUGCAGAAGCCCAACGCCCGCGUGGCCGUUCUGUUCCUCCGCAGCGACGACGCCCGCGAGCUCCUGUCCGCGGCCGCCAGACUCAACACCUCCUUCAUCUGGGUGGCCAGUGACGGCUGGGGCGCGCAAGAGAGCAUCGUCAAGGGCAACGAGCUGACCGCCGAAGGCGCCAUCACCCUGGAGCUCUCGGCCAAUCCGGUGCCCGAAUUCAACCGCUACUUCCUCGGUUUGGAUCCCGGGGUAAACCGACGGAAUCCCUGGUACCGGGAAUUCUGGGAGCAGAGGUUCCAGUGCUCGUUGGGAGUAGGAGGUGGAGGAGGAGGGAGGGCCGGGGUCGUGGGGUCCGACCCCGAGACGCGGAGACACCUCCCGCCCUGCGACCCCCACCUGUCCAUGGACCGCAGCGGCUUCGAACCGGAGUCCAAGAUCAUGUUUGUGGUGAACGCGGUGUACGCCAUGGCCCACGCCCUGCACCGCAUGCAGCAGAGCCUGUGCUCCAACACCACCCAGCUCUGCGACGCCAUGAAGUCCCUGGACGGCCGCAGACUCUACCGGGAGUUCAUCCUCAACGUGAGCUUCACAGCCCCCUUCUCUCCCCCCGGGAGCGAGACAGCGGUGAAGUUCGACGCCCAGGGUGACGGUUUGGGCCGGUACAACAUCUUCAGCUACCAGCGCUCCGGCGAUCGCUACGGUUACGUGCCGGUGGGGGAAUGGGCGGAGACCCUGAGCCUGAACAGCGACCUCAUCCACUGGCCCCGGGACGCCGUGCCCCCGUCCCAGUGCAGCGACCCGUGCGCCCGCAACGAGAUGAAGAAGAUGCAGGCAGGUGAGUACUGCUGCUGGAUCUGCACCGCCUGUGAACCUCACGAGUACCUGGCCGACGAGUUCACCUGCGCCCCGUGCUCGCCCGGCCAGUGGCCCACCGACGACCUCACUUCCUGCUACAACCUCCCCGAGGCUACCUGAGCCCGAACAACGACCUCAUCCACUGGUCCCGGGACACCGUGCCCGUGCGCCCGCAACGAGAUGAAGAAGUCGCGAUUUCGACCGGGCCAGGCCAACGAGAGCUUCUGAGGGACCAAACUCAAAGGGCUCUAGCCAAUUCAUUAAACACAAACAACACAAAACAGUAUAACAUAUAUUGACCUCAAAACGGUCCCUCUGCUCAGACAGAGUCAUCCAGGUAGCCUAACCUUCCACAAAUGCUUGCUAUGCAUGGUGUGCAUAUAGGCCAGCUUCAACUAGCUUCAACUAACCGCCCACAUUGCAAUACCAUCCAAAUACACAGUACAAUAUACUGCUUCCGCAGCCAGAGAAUAAACUGUCAACCUAUUUGAUGGGGUACAUGCAGCAACAACAUAAUUCAUAUUUUUUUACUGACGCACCUAUAAACAUGCUGGUCAUUGAGCAACACUGCUUAUACAUAUUAUGUAUGAAACCAAAUGGCUCAAUCUGUCAUGUGUCACACAUGAGGCCUUUAUAAAUCCCCCCCGUGGGUGUGUUGUCGCUUAACAAGAGUGGUACGUAUGCUUCCUCUGGUGGUCUAUAGUGCAUACAGGUAAUGCUGGAUAAACAGGAUAAAGAAUGUCAUUUGGACUUAUUUAGAAUUGUGUGGCGCCUUAAGUUCAAUAAACCUUCCUCCUGCCAUCUACAUCUCCUUGCAGUUAUUUACCCUUG